CUUCUUUAUUCUUCAGUCGAGCGACUCUACGCCAUUUCAAGUGAAAGACUGACGAAAGAGGAGAAAUGACCAGCGCCUCCCUCGCCUGUAUGAGUUGUCCAAUGAAAGGAAUUCUGCUGUAUCGGAUAUACAGAGCACUAACAUACGGUCUAUCGCCAUUGCUGCACCUGCAUCUGCGAUGGCGCAAGCUCCGUGGCCUCGAGCAUCCUCACCGUUGGCCGGAGCGCUUGGGCUGCUCUUCCCUCCCUCGCCCUCCCACCCCGCUCCUUUGGUUUCACGCCGUCUCGUUAGGUGAAGGAAUGGCUGCGAUUCCUGUAAUUAAACACUGCAACCAGUUGAGGCCUGAUUUGACUGUUUUGAUGACAACGACGACUCUGUCUGCAUCCGAAGUGAUAAGGAAUCGGCUUCCUGCUGGUGUCAUCCAUCAGUUUGCCCCGGUUGACACCCCCAAAGCUAUUGACACAUUCCUUAGACAUUGGAAGCCAAAUGCAAUCGUCAUCAUGGAGAACGAAAUAUGGCCCAAUCUUAUUAUGGGUGCUUCAAACUUUGGUAUUCCAUUGGCGCUGUUAAAUGCUCGGAUGUCAGUUAAAUCUUUUAAACUAUGGUCGACACCAGUUUUUCUUCCACUGAUCUCAUUAUUACUGUCAAAAUUUUCCUUGAUUGUUCCAUUGAGCACCAUGCAGGCAAUCCACUUCCAGUCACUGCAAGCUCCACCUUCUGUCAUCAACUUUUCUGGUGACUUGAAAUAUGUGGUAAAUGAAAAUGAUGCUUCUGAGGGAUGGAUAGAGAGUGCAGCAGACCUGGAAGCACACUUUGGCCACAGAAAGGUCUGGAUUGCUUCAUCUAUACAUAAAGGUGAAGAAGAAGCAAUAUUAGGUGUUCAUUAUGAGCUCAUACGAAUGCAUCCUGAUAUGAUAACUAUUAUUGCUCCUCGACAUCCACAACAUGGAAGAGAGAUUGCUCAAGAAUUGUGGAAUCGGGGGCAAAGUGUAUCUUUGAGAUCUCAACAUAAAAAGCUUAAUCUGGAAACCAGUAUAUAUGUGGUGGACACAUUAGGUGAAUUGAGAGACUUCUACAAGAUAACUCCAAUAGCUGUAAUUGGUGGUUCGUUUGUCCCUGGUUUAGCUGGUCAUAACAUAUCAGAAGCUGCUGCUGCUGGCUGUGCUAUUCUGACUGGCCAACAUAUUGGGCAUUUCUCGCACAUGGUGCUGGAAAUGCAAAAAUUAAAUCCUCUGUCAGUUCUGCAGGUAUCCAGCAAAUUAGAGCUCGGAGAGGCUCUCAAAGAGCUUUUUAGUAACUCUGAAGUUCUUAAAGCACGACAAACAGCGGCAAAGCAAGCAUUUCAUACUCUGUCAAGUGGGAUCGUUGAGAAGGUGUGGAAUCUGCUGAAUCUCCAUGUCUUGAGAAGGCUUUGUUUAGAGAAUAAAUGAAGACCAGCAGACAAUAUAAGUAAAUUUUAAGUUGAGGUUGAUUCUCAAAAGAACAGUGUUAAUGGUGAGAAACAUGGACUCCUUUAUUAAAUUCUGAAGAAGAGAUGCCACUUGGAGACGAGUGUAUCCACUACUUCAGAUGGUCAUCUAACAUCAAUCUGGCAUGUUGUUUUGAUGUGUCGAUCUUCCUGUAAAACCACGGAGAAGUGGCCUUGAGAGUCCCAAUAAGAGUUCAAUGCAAGCUUUGUUUUUCCAUCUGCGUGGUAAAUGACUUGUCUGAUGUUUGAACGUACUAGCUCACAGUGAAUCAGUAUCUUCAAAGAGAGUGAUUACAAGGUAUAACCAGGGAAACACCUUAGUUCAGAUCGUAUUCUCCAUUUUUAAUCAUUUAUAGAAAACUGGUGGUUAGGUAAUCUCUACUUCCAAUAAACCUCGUGCCUGCUUCUCCUACAAUAACAGAUGAGUUCCAGGAUUGACAUCUUUAGCCAGUUUCUCCUCACCGCCUCAAGCUUUGCUACUUUUGAGCUUCUAUGUUGCCAGAUUGAUCACAUUCAUGGCAGAGAGGACGUUGGAUUAAAGUUGGCGGUAUGUUAGUUCACUUUCUAUCUUUUAGACUCUAAUCUGGUAUUCAUUGCCUGACAAUUUCUCUGGUGCCACUCUCAAGUAUAAUGGCCUUUUAGGGGAGUUAGAUCUUUGACUUCGUUGCUUUUUUCCUGCCCAAAUUUUAUGUUUGCAAAUAAGUUUAGGUCUUUAUACCUACUCGUAUAGUUUUUUAUGUCCCGCGGAAGUCAAAGUUUAGGAAAAAUUCAUGGAGCUUUUAUGGUAUGUUUGUUUAACUGUAUACGACAAUAUGUCAAAAAUAUAUUUGCUAUUAUGUGACUGAGACUUUUUUAAUAAAAUUAUGUGAUAAUAGCUUGGCGGUUGAA